AUGUCUCACAGUCAGAAGAGUCAGAGCCAGAAGCUUGAAGUAGGCCUUCAGGCUGAAAAAGAAGCUCAGGGCCUGGUGGGUUCACAGGUUCCUGUAGCUGAGGAGAAGAAGGCCACCGCCUCCUUGCUCUCCUCUUUGAUCCAAGACACCCCAGAGGUUGUGCCUACUGCUGGGGCACAGAGUGUUCCCCAGAGUUCUCAGGGGGCCUGCUCCUCCUCCACUACCAUUGAAGCCAUUCCACUGAGCAAAUCAAAUGAGGGCAGCAGCCAAGAAGAGGGUCUAAGCAGCUUCCAGGUUCCCACAUUCUUGCUUGGUGAUGUGCUAAACAAGAAGGUGGCUGAAUUGGUACAGUUGAUGAAUGCCAAAUAUGCAAAAAAGGAGCCCAUCACAAAGGCAGAAAUACUGGAGAAUGUCAUCAAAGAGGAUGAGGAUCACUUCCCUGAGAUCUUCAGCAAAGCCUGUGAAUGCAUGGAGAUUGUCUUUGGCCUUGAAGCAAAGGAAGUAGACCCAACCAGCCACUCCUAUGUGCUCCAGACGACACUAGGUCUCACCUAUGAUGGGAUGCUGAAUGAUGGCCAGAGCAUGCCCAAGACCGGCCUCCUGAUAUAUAUCUUGGGUGUGAUCUUCAUGGAGGGCAACCGUGCUACUGAGGAGAGAAUCUGGCAAGUGCUAAAUAUGAUUGGGGUGUGUGCUGGGCUGAAGGAUUUCAUCUAUGGGGAGCCCAGGAAGCUCAUCACCGAAGAUUUGGUGAAGGAAAGGUAUCUGGAGUACCAGCAGGUGCCCAACAGUGAUCCUCCAUGCUAUGAAUUCCUGUGGGGUCCAAGGGCCCAUGCUGAAACCAGCAAGAUGAAAAUCCUGAAGUUUUUUUCCAAGGUCAAUGGGGCUGACCCCACUUCCUUCCCAUCCUGGUAUGAGGAAGCUUUGAGAGAUGAGAAAGAGAAAGCCCAGGCGAGAGCUGCUGGUGGAGAUGCUACUUCUGCCAUGGCCAGCAUCUAG